UGCUGUCGUAACGUGACCGAGCAGAGACAAGUGAAGUGAGGUGGAUCUGACAGUCACCGGAUUAUCAAAGAUUAACAGCGCAGCACCGGCGGACAGACUCCACUCAGUCCCAGAUUCAGGAGAAGCUGCUUUGUCUCUUUUCACUAUGGCUGAGACUAAGGGGAAAUUCGACUUUGCCAUCGACCGGGGUGGCACCUUCACCGACGUGUUUGCCCGGCUGCCCGACGGUCGCGAGAGGGUCCUGAAACUGCUGUCUCGAGACCCCCAGAACUACAAAGACGCACCCACUGAGGGGAUCCGCAGAGUCCUGGAAGAGGAAACAGGGCGGGCCUUCCCUCGCGACCAGCCCGUAGACACCUCCCUAAUUGGCUGGAUCAGAAUGGGCACGACGGUGGCGACCAACGCUUUGCUGGAGCGAGAAGGAGAAAGGACCGCUCUCCUGGUCACGAAGGGCUUCAAGGACCUGCUGCACAUUGGCACACAGGCCAGGCCAAAGCUCUUUGAUUUGGAGGUUGCAGUGCCCGAGGUGCUGUAUGAGGAGGUAAUAGAGGUGGAUGAGCGAGUCGUCCUUAGGCAGGAUGGCUGCCAGCUGCCCAGGAAGGAUCCCAAAUGUAUUGUCACAGGCAGUACCGGGGAUUCUCUGGAGGUGUGGAGGGAGCUGGAUCUUGAGCGUGUGGAAAAAGACCUAAGAGGAGUUCUGUCUCGCGGGAUCACCAGUCUGGCUGUCCUCCUGCUGCACUCAUACACAUGGUCCGAUCAUGAGAAAGCGGUGGGCGCUCUGGCGCGUCGUCUGGGCUUCGCCCAGGUGUCUCUGUCCAGCGAGGUCAUGCCCAUGGUGCGGGCGGUGCCUCGGGGCUACACCGUCUGCGCUGACGCUUAUCUCACACCCAAAAUUCAUCAGUAUUUAAAAGGCUUCACCUCUGGCUUUAAGGGUGGUCUGAAGGAUGUGGACGUGUUGUUCAUGCAAUCGGAUGGCGGUCUGACUCCCAUGGAACAGUUCUGCGGUUCGCGGGCCAUUCUGUCUGGCCCAGCCGGGGGUGUGGUGGGAUACGCCAUCACCUCUUAUAGCCAGAUGGAGAAAAAACCUGUGAUUGGCUUUGACAUGGGUGGAACCUCCACAGAUGUGAGCCGAUAUGCUGGCCAGUAUGAGCAUGUGUUUGAGGCUACCACAGCCGGAGUCACCCUGCAAGCACCUCAGCUGGACAUCAACACCGUGGCAGCAGGAGGAGGGUCACGACUCUUCUUCAGAUCAGGGAUGUUUGUGGUUGGACCAGAGUCUGCAGGUGCGCACCCAGGACCUGCAUGCUACAGAAAAGGUGGCCCUCUGACUGUGACUGAUGCUAACUUAGCCCUGGGACGACUCCUUCCUUCCUUCUUCCCAAAGAUCUUUGGGCCCGGUGAGAACGAACCUCUGUCCUUGGACGAGACCAUGAAGCAUUUCCGUCAUCUCACCCAAGAGAUCAACCUCUUCUUGUCUUCUAACCAGUCACAGAAGGUUAGCGCAAAUGGGGCUAACCACUCGCACAACAGCACGUUGCCAAACAGCCAAUCAGAGAUGAGCAUGGAGGAGGUGGCCAUGGGAUUCAUUCGUGUCGCUAAUGAGGCCAUGUGCCGGCCAAUCAGAGCUCUGACACAGGCCAAGGGCCAUGAUACAUCUCAACAUGUGUUGGCAUGUUUCGGGGGUGCAGGUGGCCAACAUGCUUGUGCUAUCGCUCGAGCCCUGGGGAUGAAGACUGUCUUUAUACAUAAGUACAGCGGCGUGCUGUCUGCCUACGGUCUGGCUCUGGCUGACGUGGUGGAGGAGGUGCAGGAGCCAUGCUCACUGCAGUAUGAACAGCAUUGUUUCAGCAAGCUCGACCAAAGGGUGGAGCAGCUCUCAAAACGCUGCCACGACACGCUUUGUGCACGUGGCUUCACCAGCAGUCAGAUAGCUACUGAGGUUUUCCUCCACCUGCGUUAUGAGGGCACCGACUGCGCUCUCAUGGUUACUGCUGCCGGUCACCCCACCAACGCCCAGUCCUGUCGAGCUGGAGACUUCCGCAGUGCCUUCACCAAGCGUUACCUGAAGGAAUUUGGAUUCACCAUUCCAGACAGACCUAUCAUGGUUGAUGACAUCAGAGUCAGGGGUUGUGGAAAGUCUGGUAUCAAAUCGGUUCAUAAAGCAAAGACGGGACCCUGUCAGGCCAAACCUGUCACGAUGACCAAGUGUUACUUUGAGGAUGGUUACCUGGACACCAGUGUGUAUCUAUGGGAGGAGCUGCCAUGUGGUCACAGCAUCCAGGGACCAGCCAUCAUCAUUGACAAAAACAGCACCAUCCUGGUGGAGCCGUGCUGUGAGGCCCGUCUGACAGAGGGGGGCGAUGUUUGCAUGACUGUAGGCUCUGACCCUCACUGUGCCCUCGGCACCGAGCUCAACACUGUGCAGCUCUCCAUCUUCUCCCACCGCUUCAUGAGCAUAGCAGAGCAGAUGGGCAGAGUUCUCCAAAGAACCUCCAUCUCCACCAACAUCAAGGAACGUCUCGACUUCUCCUGCGCCGUGUUUGGACCAGACGGCGGUCUGGUGUCCAACGCCCCUCACAUCCCUGUCCACCUGGGUGCCAUGCAAGAGACUGUGCAGUACCAGAUCAGAUCACUGGGGAACAAACUGAAAGAAGGGGAUGUGAUUCUGAGCAACCACCCGUGUGCUGGGGGCAGUCACCUUCCAGACCUCACAGUCAUUACACCAGUGUUUAGAGAAGGGGUGGGCCGGCCGGUGUUCUUUGUAGCCAGCAGAGGGCACCAUGCCGACAUCGGAGGCAUCACUCCAGGCUCCAUGCCCCCCCAUUCCACCUCCCUUCAGCAGGAGGGUGCUGUCUUCACUUCCUUCAAGCUCGUCACUGGCGGGGUCUUCCAGGAAGAGGCUGUAACUGAAGCUCUGAUGGCUCCGGCCCAGUACCCAGACUGCUCUGGGACUCGUAAUCUCCAUGACAACCUGUCAGACCUGCGGGCUCAGGUGGCAGCCAAUCAGAGAGGCAGCCAGCUGGUGGGGGAGUUGAUUGACAGCUAUGGGCUGGCUGUGGUACAGGCCUAUAUGGGGUACAUUCAAAGUAACGCAGAGCUGGCAGUGAGGGACAUGCUGAAAGACUUUGCACGUCGUCGACGGCAACAGACUGGCUCUUUGGAGGUGGAGUCGGAGGAUUUCAUGGAUGAUGGGACGCCAAUCAGAUUGCGAGUCCAGAUUAAUGAAGAAGAGGGCAGUGCGGUUUUUGACUUCACAGGGACUGGGACAGAGGUGUGGGGGAACUGCAACGCUCCACGGGCCAUCACCCUCUCUGCGCUCAUCUACUGCCUGCGCUGCAUGGUCGGACAGGACAUCCCCCUCAAUCAGGGCUGUCUUGCACCGAUCAAAGUCAUCAUACCCCCUGGCUCGAUCCUUCAGCCCUCCCAGAAUGCUGCUGUGGUCGGAGGAAAUGUUCUCACAUCCCAGAGAGUGGUUGACGUCAUCUUUAAGGCGUUUGAGGUGUGCGCCGCCUCACAGGGCUGCAUGAACAACAUUUCAUUUGGCAGCGAAAGGAUCGGUUACUAUGAAACAGUUGCCGGGGGAGCGGGGGCCGGGCCAGGCUGGAAAGGGCGGAGUGGAGUUCACAGUCACAUGACCAACACCCGCAUCACUGACCCUGAGAUUCUGGAGAAGAGGUAUCCAGUGAUUUUAGAGCAGUUCUCUCUGCGGCCCGCCUCAGGAGGUGCAGGGAAGUACAACGGUGGAGACGGUGUGAUCCGGAAACUUUUGUUCAGGAACAAAGUGGUUCUGUCUGUAUUGACAGAGAGGCGAUCCACUCACCCCUAUGGCCUCCAAGGGGGUGAGGAUGGUGCAGCAGGGCUGAACCUGCUCCACAGGGCGGAUGGCAGAAUCCUCAACCUGGGAGCCAAAACCAGCGUCACCCUUCAGCCCGGGGACAUGUUCUGCCUCUACACUCCUGGAGGAGGAGGAUAUGGAAAAGAAGAGGAAACCAGCAGCAGACCUCAGAGCAAGCGCAGGCGCUUGAAUGAGGCUUUCCUUGAGAGGGGCAGCGUAUUCGAAUACCGUAUGGCGCAGGAGGGAGUGUGAGGAGAAACAAGAAAGCGAAAGAGAGUUAAGCCAGAGGAGAGGAGGAGGAGAAACAUGGGGAAAUUACAGGAACACAAGCACAGAGAAAGGUGGAAAACACAGAUGGAAAGAUUCUUUGAUAUGAGCGAGGAAGGCAGUGGUAGCAACAAUCGUAUGGUCAUACUAUGAGAAAUAAAGACCUAGACGUAGGCGAGCAAAUUUUUUUUUUUACCAGUUUCUGCUCGUACUAACAGCAUCAAUAGUCAGCACCACAGGGACAUGCAACAUUCUUUUGCAGUACUAUCUGUGUGCUAACAGAUAUUUCAUAGACCUUUAACACAGAGAAGUGUCAUAUUUUCAGAGUUAAUGAAAAAUACUGUAACUCUGUGCUUCCAUUAGCAGGCAGUGACUUAAUACUAACAGCUCAGGUUAAAGUUAAACCUGUCUACAACAAACUAUAUAUGGGCACCAAAAUUGUUUCUGUGAUUGUGUUGUUUGGUUAAGUGUAACAUUCCUCUUGUUGCCUGGAAUGUUUUUCUUGAGCGUGUUUAAUAGUCCCAUUUUGAUAAAAACAUAUUGCAGGGUACAUUUCCAAGAACCCGUAUUUUAUGGAGACCCCAGAUCUGCCAUUGUAAGUUAGACAUAGUGUGUAUUUUUUUGCCUACUGAAUCGUUUUCCAGUUUUGACAUUAGAUAAAGUCGACCUGUUUUAACUUGAACAACCACUUAUCUAACAACUCGAUAACAUGGUUACUCUUCUUCUGUUAUUUUAACAGGACAGACAAAUACACCCUGUUUCUACUAAUGAGAUUAGUCUCCUUUCUCUCUUUUUUCCCCUGAUCAUGUCUUUAAAAGAAAACAGUAGUUUCACAUUUCCUGUGUAGGACAGGAGGAAUCUGUU